GCUUUAGGCCUAAUCAAGGGAAAUGACCAUUCAACCGACAAAACAAUUCUUCCCGCAAAUUUGUUAUCUUUGUUAUUAUUAUUUUUCUUAAAUAUAAAGCAAAACCCACUUAAAUAAAGCUCUCAGAUUGACAUUUUUCCACAAGUAUUUCAAAAAAAAAAAUAAAAAAAUGGGUGUUUUUUCUGGUCAUUGGCCUUCUGAAUCAGAGUUGGAUGAAAUACGAAAGAAAGUUGCUGAAUUGUCUGGUAGAGAUGCUCAGGAGGUUAGGGUGGUUGUAUCACCUUACAGAAUUUGCCCAUUGGGUGCUCACAUUGAUCAUCAGGGUGGAACUGUCUCAGCUAUGACAAUCAAUAAGGGUAUACUACUUGGUUUUGUUCCUUCUGAUGACACCCAGGUUACAUUGCAAUCUGGGCAAUUUGAAGGAGAAGUUCGGCUCAGAAUAGACGAAGUUCAGCUUCCUAAGCAUAUGUAUGGGACAAAUGGUUUAACUGAACAAAUGGACUCAUCCCCACCUCAGGAAGAAUGGAAAUGGGGUAACUAUGCUAGAGGAGCAAUCUAUGCCCUGCAGAGCAAAGGAAAUCAUCUGAAAACGGGUAUCACUGGGUUUAUCUGUGGUUCUGAGGGUCUUGACAGUUCAGGUCUCAGCUCUUCUGCCGCGGUUGGUGUUGCAUAUCUGUUGGCUUUUGAGAGUGCGAAUGGUCUUGUAGUGAGCCCAACAGAAAAUAUUGAAUAUGAUAGGCUGAUUGAGAAUGAAUAUUUAGGUCUGAAAAAUGGGAUAUUGGAUCAGUCUGCAAUACUGUUAUCCAGCUAUGGCUGUUUGACCUUCAUGAACUGCAAGAUUUUGUGUUCUCUGGAAAACUCUGACAAUUAUAGACCACAUGUGCAGACCAUAAAACACAAACUGAUACACCCGCCAACAGUGGAAAAUAAUCAUGAAGGAGAGUUCGGUAAUGCAUACAAGAUACUGCUGGCCUUUUCAGGUCUUAAACAGGCAUUGACAACAAAUCCCGGAUAUAAUCGGCGAGUUGCGGAGUGUCAAGAGGCUGCGAAGAUUCUGUUGCAAGCUUCGGGGGAUGAAGAGAUGGAACCUGUUCUAUCAAAUGUUAAACCAGAAGUUUUUGAAGCCCACAAGAGCAAAUUAGAAGCCAACCUAGCUAAACGAGCAGAGCAUUAUUUCUCCGAAAAUGAGAGAGUUAUGAAAGGAAUUGAGGCUUGGGCUUCAGGAAACCUUCUAGAAUUCGGAGAGCUUAUUACAGCAUCUGGUCUAAGUUCUAUUCAAAACUAUGAGUGUGGUUGUGAACCACUGAUACAGCUAUAUCAGGUUCUUCUGAAGGCUCCUGGUGUACUUGGGACACGGUUCAGUGGUGCAGGAUUCCGAGGCUGCUGUAUUGCAUUUGUAGAAGCAGAUAAAGCAGAAGAAGCUGCAACCUUUGUCGUGGACGAGUACAGUAAGCUCCAGCCUGAGUUGGCUAGUCAUCUUAACCAAGGACCGGCUGUAUUAAUAUGUGAUGCAAGUGACUCUGCACGCGUGAUAAGCAACACUUUCAGUUAGCUAAACUAGUAAACGUUCAUAGUUAUAGCUCCAUAAUAUCUCAUUUUUUUUCAUUUCUUCUUUUCAGAUUAUUUGUAUUUCUGUACCCUUUGAGCACUUCCUAUUAUUUCAUUUUCCACAUUUACUUUGUGUAUAUUAAAUUGGACGCUGGAGUGGCAUUACAUCAAUAAAUUGUAUUGGUUAAGGAUUAUAAGAACUUUCUUUAGUGAUUGUCA